CUUGUCGGUCCGGCUGCGACCCUGGCAAGCCUAGCAUCGGUAUGGCCGCUGAUGCGACUUUCCCAUGCAAUGCACAAGGCCAGAUUCGCGAGCCUCGCUUGUCAGCUUCCCUUCCCAAUUGGAGCCCUCAGCAGACUGCCAGCUAGCAGCCAGAUCUGUAGUUCCUGCGAACCGUUCAUUGGCGGCCACCGGCUCCAAGAUACCCACGAUACCCCAACGUCAUCAGUCCUUACAGGGAUCCUCAUGGUCGUUCAUAGCGCCCUACCGGCUCCCUAAGGCGAUCGCGCUUUACCAUCCAGCCCAUCGUGUGCCACCCUCGGCCGACAAAUUCCAAAUAACACUGUCUCCAGAAGCCUAGAGCCAUGUCUUACCCACGAGUCCAAUCGCUUCCAGGGCGGAGAAGCCCCGGAGGACCGGCGCCAUGCAUCUUGCUUUUGCCGCGACGAUGCUUGCCCAUACGCUCCCUUACACUGUAUCACGCUGCCGAGUUUCUGAUGUACCACGAGACUUCGAGACCAUCUCUGCGAAACCCUCCGCCUCAGCUAUUGAUCAACCCGGCGCUUCCGCGUGUGCCAUUCAGCAAGCCACAGCCAUGUUGGGCUCAUGCCACAUCGCCGAGUGCCUGCUCCGGGACAGCCACUAUCCCUGUAGGACGCCUCUGCCAGGUCGGCUGCUAAUAAGCAAGCUCCGCGGACGGCACGUCGACGGGAGGCCAUCUACAACCUCUAUUGGCUCAACAAAAGUUUCUUCAGCAGCGUCAAUACUGCUAUCCCCCCGGGCUCCCUCAGAAUUAGCCUUUGUCAUUGCCGUCCAUUGGACAUGGGCCACAUGCAAGAGCGGAGCUGAGCUUGCUUGGCCCGCUCCCAGCUGUGAUAGGCGGAAGGCAACGAGUGUUGACAAAAGAUUUGGGGCUGAGACAUUAACGAUGAGAGAUCAGAAACAUUGUUUCGAGUGGCUCCGGGUAAUGACCCUGAAGCUGGUGCGCUUGCAGGAGCUCCAUCCAAGCAGCUCCUCUGGCGGCUGAACCAAAGGUUCAGGCCGUUGCGCUACCACCACGCUACUCAGCCGGGGGACCCCUUACCAUUCAUCGUGAUCUCCACUCGAUCUAACGCACCAAGGAAUUCCGACGGCGAGCGCCCAGCUUAGUCACUCCUCAAAUGUAAUUGCUCUCGGACGCCAUAGAAGACGGCCUCCCCAGGGUUCCUCCUGUGCUUGCUUGCUCGUCAACGAGGCCCCAGAAGCCACCGUUGCCCUCUUCCUCCCAGAUCACGUCACGCCAUCUUUGUCAACCGCUUCGUGGAAAUGAGUGGUAAUAGCCCAGUCGACAAGCCGAAGAGCGGACGUUCCGCCACGUCCUGCCUCGAGUGCCAGCGGCGAAAGCAGAAGUGCUCACGCGAAUGGCCUUGCAAUCAUUGCCAGGCCCGCAAGGUGCCACAUCUAUGCCAGUUCGCACCCAAGAAAGUGGCAACGCCGGAGGAUGACUCGUUUGCUGUUCCUGCAAAGUUGUCGAGGAAGAGGAAAGAAGGCAGCUUCGAGUCCGACACUUCGGCAUCAGCCAGCGACCCCGAACAUGGCCUCUCGGACGGGCUGGCCAAGCUAGGCUACAUGCCUAGCCAUGAGGUCUUUGCCCUUACCAGGUCAACAGCAGACUCCUCGUAUGGUCAAACAGAUGACAACCAAGACGGUCAAUCCGAGGAAAUCGAGGCAGCCUUGAAGUUCAUAUUACCCAAGCCGUAUACAGAUGUACUGGUCCAGAACUACCUAGACACUGCCAACCUCCAGUACUACCCGGUCUUCCCAGAACAGCUCCGAGGACAGAGUGCAAAGUGGUGGGAGUCGAGGGCAGCCGGUCAGAAGCUGACCCCUGAGCUCACCUGUCUCUUGCUGCGUGUUUGUGCCGUUUCCACCCAGUACCUCGAGUCAUCUCUGCUGCAAAGACUCGAGGCCGAGCUCGGGGAGAAGGCGCAGACAAUGACCGACCGCUUCCAUAAGGCUGCACAGAACCUGAGCGCCUCGAUUCCUCAGGGCAAGGGCGGUGUUGUCAACGUGCAGCAGCUCUUCCUCGCAGCCAAAUGGUACAAAGGGGAGGCGUGUAUGAUCGAAUCUUGGCAUGCCCUCAGCGCCGCUGUCCGCGCAGCGCAGGAAAUAAAUAUGCACAAACCCAGCGAGGGUCUGCCAAACUUCGAGCGGGAGCUGCGCAAGCGAAUGUGGUGCAUUCUUUGGACCUGGGACUGGCAAAUGUCAACUCUGCUGUCCCGACCGCUGCUCAUCGACCAAGACGACCAUACGCUAGAAAUACCAGACGGUCGGCUCGAGAACAUCUCCGACCCCAAUGUGCCCCAUCCGCUAUCGUCUGUGGCCCUACAGGCCGAGCUGGGCCUGCAUGCAUCCCACCUGUUCCAAGCACUGGGCGCCAAGUACUCCGUCGAGCUGGCGCUUGAGCUUGAGGACGAGCUCGAGAGGUGGAUGGGCACAUUCCCGGCUGCCCUUCGAGACCAUCGACCCGACACUCGGUGGGAUCAGAAGUAUCCCAAUAUCCCAUUUAUGCGCUGCCAGAUCAACAUCAUCGCAUACGCGUACCUACUCGCGCCUCUGAAACCCUUCCUUCUUUCCAAGCCAGACUCGGAGAUGAUGAGCCCACCACUGGGGCCCAACCUGCGCGCCAAGGCCGUCGACACCUGCCUCGACCUGAUGAGGGCCUCGGAGCAGUUCUAUGAUCUCCUGUACCCCACGGGCUUCAAGUACUUCUUCGUCAUAUUCUUCAUGUUUGACGCCGCCACCGUAUUGUGCUCCGCCAUCGUGCAUGAUACCGAAAACAAUCUCCCCAAGCGGAGCCAGUGCAUCCGCGCACUUCGCACGUCUCAGGAGCUACUGGACGCUAUCAACCACCUCUCCGAGUCCGCACGGCUGUCCGCCAUGCUCCUGCGGAAGCUCACCCCGACCCUGCCCCUGACCGAAGCCGAGAAGGUGAUCCUGGGCGUCGGCUCGCCAGCGCCGUCGUCGGCCAAGAAGAUAAAGACCAGCCCUUCAUCGUCGUCACCCCAAGGACAGCUCGCCACGGCUACGGCUUUUGGCGGCGCCGGCGGCGACUACACGCUAAGCAGCGGCGGUCUUGGCAACGGGCCGCCGGGCAUCCCCUCCCCGUCACUGGGCGGCGCAACGCCAUACGAGAUGCCACAACAAUACCAGCCCCAUGCCCAGGCACACUACACGGCUGCCCCGCUGAUGCCCCUCGCGGAUCCCGGCGGGAUUCACCACCCCAUGAUGCCGGCGGCGGUGCCGGAGUGGCCGUAUGAUUUCACCGCGGGCCUCACCCCGCUUGCGCAGGAGCAGAUGCCGCAACAGCAGCAGCAACAGCACCCGGCUGGCCCAUCAUCCGCUGCUGCUCCGUCCCAUCAGCAGCAGUUCGUCGGGGGCGGGGGCAUGAACCCCGGCGACGCGCUGGCGGGCACGUUCCUGGAGCCGCUGUGGGACUGGGAGCACCUUGAUAUGGACCUGGGACAGUAUGCCAUGCCGCAUUUUGCUGGUAGCAGCAGCGGGCCUGAGUUUUGAGGGGUUGGGGUUGGUGUAUACGUGGUGGUUGUGUGGAUGGGUGGGUGGCUUUGGGGGGCUGAGUAGCACCUGGGGAGGGAGUGUGCUUCUGGAUGGAGCGUCCUUCUGGGCAGACCAGCCCGGAGCGGCUUUAGCGAGGUGUGGUAUGGUAUGGUGUGGUGCGAUGCGAUCUGAUCUGACCCAAUCUUGGGGGUUUUGGGAUCAACUAUAGAUUUAUUUUCUUGGGUGGCGUCAUUUCUCAGGGUCGGGAGCGGGCGUGAGCGUGUGGGCUUGGGCCGUAAUGGAUUCGUCAGUGAAGG